CUCCGGCCUGCAAACGAGGUCAAUGCAGCCUCCCUCUUCUAUUCGGGUCUUGCGUGGUGUCUCUACUAUGCCUUGCGCAGCUACAGAAGAAGAGAACGAAUGUGAGGAAAUGCAUAUAAACAGACAUAAACGAUCCCUAGUCAUCAGCAUCAGCAAUGUGGGGAAGGAAAACAAUUGGAUUCCCAUAUCCUAUCUUCUCUGUUGGCCGCUGACAACGACUCCCCAAAAUGGCGAAUUCCAACACCGGCACCAAAGCCAUUUCUGCAUGUUUGGACAAAACCAAAAGGGUGGGCCGCGACGUCAUCUUCAAGCUUGUAGGCUGGUUUGUAUGGUUAUUCGGAGACCGGUCAAUAUCGAAAACGCGGUACAGACUCUUGUGCUGCAACGAUGAUGCUAAAACCGAGGCUUUCAGAAAGACACUCUUGAAUGACAACCGAUUGCUUGCGACAAGCGGCUCUAUGAUGACAGCUUCUAGCGUCGCACUACUUUCGCACGCGAGUGCCAGCCAAACGCACCCGGCUACGCACUGUUUUCUUUUAUUCGGCGUCGUGUUCUCCAUGAUUGCCGUUCAGCAUGCUUUGAACCAGUCGAGGGUCUUAUCUUUGCUCGUGAAACCAUCGGAUCUGAGAGCUUGGUUGAGAGCGGGAACGCUCCGCGGCGACCGGAACAAUACCGAGACCAACACCAACAACAGCUCAACCACCGAAAGCCGAGGCCAAGGCCUGAGUGGCCAACCAAGCUCCCAGCAAUCCCUUGACCGGGCGGAGGCUGGAGGAACCCAAGGCUCAGAUGGUAAAGAGGAGAGCGGUGCUUCGGCGACGUCGAUCCCGGGCGCAUUAUCAUCUUUCGCGUUCCACUCGGUCAUGGUGGGCUGCGUUGUGCACCUAGGGACGGUUCGCAGUCCAGACGAUAAAACAUCGCCACCUCUGCGCAACAGGCCACAGUUUAUCGCCUUCAUAAUCGCCCUAGGGAUUGGCUACUUGCUACACAAAUGCUAUAGCGUUGGCCUUCCCACCGAAUACACCAACCCUCGCGUGGGUCGUCAUCGCAUCAAGCCCACGAUGUUCACGGCGGAGGCGGAGAGGUCGAACGCCUCGCAAGCAAUCACUCGCAGAGGGUCGAGGUUGAACAUGUUCGGUCACCCGAUUCUCGCGCGGAAAGAUGAAUGA